GAGCUGCGUAGCCUCCCCCUGGACUGCAGUUCCCGCCAUACACCGCGCAGUGACGUCAUCAAAAGUGCCGAGGUUAGGACCGAACAAGAAAGUGACGUCAUGUUACCGGUGGAGGGCGAUGUCACCCGCUCCCUGGAGCUCCUGCACAUGACCGCGUUCAGCCAGAGCUUCUCCCCGUGCGGAAAAUUCCUGGCCGUUGGAAAUAACCUGGGCCAGAUCGGGAUCUUCAGUCUGACCGCUGCCCUCAGCUCAGAGGCCAAGGAACAGAGCAAGCAGCCAGUCGCGUUACUGCAAGCGCAUGUGGGUCCCGUGUACAGUUUGACCUCCACUGACCGCCAUCUGAUCAGCUCCGGGGACAAUGAGGUUAAAGGCUGGAUCUGGAGCGACAUCAACAAGAAGGGCUGCGUGGAGUCGUGGAGCCGCCGCGUCCCCACCAGGAACAGCCUGGAAACUCCUGAAAUCAACAGUCUGGUUGUGAAUCAAAAAGAUAACUGUCUCCUACUCGCCGGAGGAGGCUGCAACAUCCACGCCAUGGACCUGGAGUCCGGAGCUUUCACCACGACCCUUGAAGGACACACAGAUUAUAUCCAUUGCCUGGCACUGCGUGACCGGCAGAGGGAGUGCGUGUCGGGCAGCGAGGAUGGUUCAGUGAGGCUGUGGGAUCUCCGGAGCGGGUCGCAGACUCACAAGAUCGAGGUGUAUAAGUAUGAGGAAUGCGCGCGGCCGCAGUAUGGCAAAUGGAUCAGCUGUCUGGCCACGGACUCCGACUGGAUGGUUUGUGGUGGGGGCCCCAUGCUGUCAUUGUGGCAUCUUCGCUCCAUGACGCCAACAACCAUCUUCCCGAUCCAGGAGAGUCAGCAGCAAGUUCUCUUCUACCAGGAUAUGGUCCUGUGUGCCGGGCAGGGGCCCUCCAUUAAUCACUGCCAGAUAAAUGGGGAGCUGAGGGCCCAGAUUCCCUGCACCCCGCGCUGCAUCUACUCCCUGUGCAUCAACGAAGGCUCUCAGGAGAACAAGGUUCUGACGGCCGCCGGAAGCAGUUCCAGAAUCGACGUUUUUACAAACUUCAGAUACAGAGCGUUCUCACUGAGCUUCCCCUGACAGCCCGCCGGACGCCCGAUAUGCCGACGCCCAGCGCCACCCCACGUUCUCCCUCCGGCGGCGUUAGACCUCCGCGAUGUCUCUUCCUACCCCACGUUUUCCCAGAUCCAUCCCUGUUUUAUAAUAAAACUGUCUCUUUAGUAA